AAGCUGCAGCGCAAUCUAAGCAACGGUAGCCGCCGGAAGACCCGUAUCAAGCGGAUGGGUUCUCGGCAGAGUAGCAAAACGGAAAGCGACAGUGAUGACAGUGCGGCCCAGGCCUAUGUGCUGGAUGUGCCGCGAAAAGCCAAACGUAAGACGAGCCGAGCGAAGAAACCAUCGUUCGAUUCGACCGAGCAGCUAGUGGCCACGGGUCCAUCCGAGAAACAGCCACCCACCGAGGAUGUUGUCUAUGUGCUGAAGAUCAAACCGGGCCAAAAGAUUGAGCAGGUAGUAGAGCACCCUCAGCCACAGAACGCUUCCAUUGGACCAUCGGGAGCCGAUGAAGGAGGGGUGCUAAUUUCACCUCAGGAAACUUGCGUCGAGCUGGUCGAGGUAGUACCAUCGGUAACGGUCAGCUGUACCGCUAGUGUGCUGGUAAAGACGAAACGGAAGCUGUACACAACGGUCGAGGGUGAUGGUAGUUUACAGCCGGUGACCUCUGGCAAUCAGAAGGUAGCCAUCAGUCAGGAACUUGAAUCGGGGUCUGGUGCCUCGGAUCGUAACGAAGCGGAAGUUGCCGUGUGCCCUGCCGUAGUGGGACCAAGCGUCGAGCCGAGUAACCGUAUCACAAAUCUUCCUCCACUGCCACAGUCACCGGGUAUGCAGCGUCGGUUGGAGGGCCUUCAUCAGAAGGCGCCUAACAAGGAACUGUCGCCAAACAUACGGCUCAUGAUUGCCAAGUACAACCAGCGAUUGACAACGGAAAAGACGGGCACAUCACCGCACAGUUCCGGCUCGUGUUCUCCCGUUGCUUGGCGAUCGCCCGUGCUUGACCGUAGGGUACGGAAGCAGACGGAAAAGUACCAGGAAACGAUACAACUCUCAAAGUCAGCCAGUGCCGGUAGUAUACGGAAGUCACUGCGGCAACUGGAAGAGGGCCAGAAAGGUGAUAGCGAGGAAUCGGCACUCCAUACGCCGGGAGUUGGUGCCACUGGAGCUAUCAAGUCAUCGAGCACGAGUAAGAUCGAAGGUACUGUCAAGGAUGAUCCGACAAUGGACAACAGUAAAACUAAAGAGGAUUCUCCGGAGCUCGCUACCUUCCUGGCGUACGAUAGUCUGCGACGACGGGAUACCUUAUCACGAUUGGAAGAUCGCCGAGAAGCAGCAAAUGCUGCGUCGGUUGCAGCAGCUGCAGCGCUUGCCUCCCAAACCGAAUCACCCAACGACAAUCCAUCGGUUCAAGUUGUUUUGGCUUCUGGCAGCGCUACUGGAUCGACGGGCACGAUCAGAAAGGAACGAUUGUACAAGAAACGAACGGAGUCUCCGAAUGCAAACCCGCACACAUCAGCCAGUGCUUCGAAGGUAAUGUCACGUGGUGAAAAGUACACCCGCUGUCGCUCCGUACCGAACGAGGACUGUGUCACGGAAGUUUUCAUCUCAUCGAAAGCCUUAAAACCGCCCAGCCCUCGCUUGAUUGCCCGCAGACGGCAUAUCGCCGAGCAGCGACAGCAGCGCACCGACUGUUCCCAAUCCGCGCCGACAACACCGCUCGAAGAGCACCGUGGUAUCCUGGUACCGAUGAGCCAGCGAGCGUUAAAGUUAAAGAAAGCGAAGGAGGAGUUCCUGCGAGCUCCCUCGACCGUUGUCGAUCGGUCGACCCUCUCGACACCGGAACCGGUCGUGUCGGAUUGGAGUAAUCGCAUGAGCCAGAUCAGUGCCACAAGUACCGCUUCGAGCGUGCUAGAUUCCGUAAGCUGUGAUCUGCAGCUCAUGAAGAGCGCCAGUGCCGGUGUGAUUGGUGAUGCGGCGGCGAUGAUCGAUCACGGCUCAGCGCUAUUACGCAAUGAAUCUGGAUCGUCUUGCGUGGAGAGCGGUGUUCGUGGUGGUAGCGUUAUUACGGCACGACAUAGUAUCAGCAGCGUGAGUGCGAGUGGUGGUGGCGGUGGUGGCUCGUCUACGGCCAACUCCAGUGGUCGCUUCGGUGGACUCUCGAAUCUCGCCUCGAAGCUGCGCAAAGUGAAGCUGAGGCGAAGCAGCAAGGAUCUCAGCAAGAUGCAUGCCGUAUCGGCGCUCUGUCGCCAAAGUUUGAUGGUGGACAUCAGUGGUGAAGCAUCGAGGAUGGGCAGUGCGCACAGUCUCGGGGUGGUUGGGCAGGACGACGCCCCGGAUGGAUCGGUUAGCGCGAGCCGAAACCUCGGAGAGCACGGUGAACUGCUGAAGAAGUCGGGCAGUGUGCAGGCCAUCUGUAAUCGCUUCCGGCGUACCGGUGAACGUAAUGAUGAGCUUAAGAAGAGCCGUAGUCUUGGGUUUCUCGAACCCGAUCGUACCGGUUCGGGGUGAUUCACCGAAUGAGGCGUGCUAGUUGUAAGUUUAGUGUAGCUCCUCGAUCAGCUGCAUCGUUCGUUGUGUAUGUUUAUCUAGUAGCGUUCGCUGUUCCGAGUAUGGAGAGCGUCCCCGUAGGCGGCGAGCUAAAAGGACAUUUCUUCAUUUCUCUGAGCGAUCUUGUCAGGUCACUGUUAUCAUCCUCUUCCUGUCGCUCCGUGUGAUUCCUAGUCGUUUGCAUAGAUCAUUUCCCUGUUCCCUGUUACCUCCAUUCGCUCUGUUGCAGAGCCAUGGCAGCCACUGCCAAUACUGACGGGAAUCUCAUUCGCGUCUACGUAGAUCGUUGUUCAGCUAGUCGUCCCUCGUCCUGUCGUGUCCGAUGUUGCGCUUGGGUAGCGUAAAGAAUUCGAUGUUUCUCAAUUUCUUCUCUCGUUUUGUACGAAUUCAGAGUCAAAUAUAGA